AUGAUUUUAAUAAAAGUUGAAAAUCUUAUAAUAAAUUUUUCAAAAAAAAAAAGGUUUUUUUUUAGCACAUUUAGAGGUAGUAAGAAAAAAGAAAAAUACGAUGAUUUAGAAAGUAAACAUUUAUAUUGGUGUAUUAAUAAUAUGAAAAAGGAUUAUUUAAAUGAAUCCAAUGAAAAUUUUUUUCAAAUGAUUGAAAAUGACAAUAUAGAGGAGAAUCUUUCAGAUAUAGUUGGUUUAAAUAAUUCAAUUCCUGCUAAUAGUAAAAUAAAUGAAAAAAUGAAAAAAACUUUGAUGAAAAAAGGGAACUAUGUAGAAAAUGAUAAAUUAGAAGAAAUAAAGAAAAUUUUUAAUCCUUCUAUAAAAACAUUGAUAAAUAAGGAAAAAAGUGUUCCAAAUGAUUUUGAUAAUUAUUUAAUAAAUGGAGAUACAAAGAAAACUCUUUGUAAUGGAAGUAAUACAAAUAAUAGUUCAUUGGAAAAAGAAGGUACAUGUAAUGAUUACUUUAAUAAUUUCAAUAAAGAAAGUAAUAAGUCAUUAAAAAAUAGUUUUAUGAAUAGAAAAGUAGAAAAAAUGAUAAAUGCUAAAAAAGUAGAUGAAAAUGAAGAAUUUCUAAAAAAAAUGAAAAAUAGUAACUCUACGUCAAAAAAUUAUAGUUUUUUUUACAAUGAUAAAAUUGAUAUAAAAAAGGGCAAUGCAUACCCAUAUGAUGAUAAUAUAAAAAAUAUAAAUAAAAACAUUUUAAAUAAUAUAAAUGAUAUAGAUGAAUAUAAUUUUAAAAAUGUUAAUAAUAGUGAGAAAAAAAAUAUUUUUGAUUAUGAAAGCCUAAAAGAAAAAAGUAUGUAUCAAGAUUUGACACAUGAUGAAUAUAGUUAUAUGAAUAAUUUAUACAUUAAAAAAUGCGAUUUAGAUAGAAAAAUUAGAUGGUUUAAAAUGAAUAAUAUCCUUAAUCCAGAGAAAGAAGCUAAGAGCAUUAUAAACUCAUUAAAAUUAAGUAAAGAUGAAGAAAAUAAAAGAAAAGAAGAAAAUCAAUUUCUUGUAAAAGAAGAUAUUAAACCUUAUUAUGAAAAUGAGGGAAAUUUUUCUUAUAAAAUUGAAAAAAUAUGUGAACAAAAUCAAUAUGAUGAAAUUGUUUCAAGAAUAAGAAUGAAAAUAAGAAAAGAAAAAUUAGAGAAUUCUAAAAUAAUAAAGGAGAAAAUACCUAAUGUAGCUCGUCAUAUAUUAGAUCCAAUAAAAUAUCACGUAAAUAGAAGAAAAAUAAGAUUAGAAAAACUUUUGCAAACUCAUUUAGAGCAGUUAUUAAAUUGUAACAAUUCAUACUUUAAAUUUUAUUUAUUAAAUGGGUUAUCUAUUUCUAUUCAUCACCUUGAAAUGAAAUCAACUAGGUCUGUUUGUAAAAUUGUUUAUUCAUUAUUAAAUAAAAAUGUCAACCAUGAAAUGAUACAAGAAAAAUUACAUAAAGUAGCAUUUGUUUUAAGAAAAUUAUUAGCUAAAAAACUUCAGUUAGGAUAUACACCCCCUUUGAAAUUUAUUCCCUUAAAUGAUCAGCAACAAAAAAAUAUUAAACAUUUACAAUAUUAUAAAUUAUAUUCAAAAUAUAAUUUUCCAUCAGAUAUAACUGAUAAUAAAAUAAAAAAUACAAAAUUAAUUGACUUCUAUAAUAAAGACUUAGCUGGGUUUUAA